AAAACAGUGGGGGAGGAUAGUGUGUAUGACAUAAUCUGUGGGUCCUCGCACAUUAAUAAUACUCGUUUGCUGGAACAGAGAUGCUUCGCUGAACUUGAGGAGUUACAUUGCACAGUCGAAAUAACAUGGAGAGGGUUCUCUGGGCGGCGCUUUGUAGCUGUGGCAAAGUCGAGUGCGCGAGGAAACAGUAGAAUAAACAGUAUAAAAAACAAUGAGUGGAGGCAGAGAGUUUCAGUGAAUGGGAAGAGGAAUGAUAGUGAUUAGUUUGUGUUUCUAAGUCUAGUGUAUGAUAUACGACUAACUCUGUGUGCGGCGCAGUGGGGACUCGGUAGCGGUGCUCAGCAGACGCCAUGGCUGCUCAGUGCGACUCUUUGAGCGGAUACUUGCAACAAUCGGACCCGGGCUCGAACAGCGAGCGCAGCGCAGACUCUCCCGUCCCCGUCUCUGAGGAUGAUUCAUGCGGGCCCCUUGUCCCACCGGACCCAGAAUGGACCGAGGAGAGGUUUCGUGUGGAUCGCAAGAAACUGGAAGUCAUGUUACUAGCUGCCACAGAGGGGAAGGUCAACGGUGGAGAGGAUUUCUUUCAGAAGGUUAUGGAGGAAACUAAAACCCAGAUUGCGUGGCCUUCUAAACUGAAGAUAGGUGCCAAGUCUAAGAAAGAUCCUCAUAUCAAAGUCUCUGGAAAGAAGGACAAUGUGAAGGAAGCAAAGGAAAAGAUAAUGUCUGUUCUUGACACAAAAAGUAACCGGGUCACACUGAAAAUGGAUGUGUCGCAUACAGAACAUUCCCAUGUGAUCGGCAAAGGGGGCAACAAUAUCAAAAAAGUGAUGGAGGAAACUGGGUGCCAUAUACAUUUCCCAGACUCCAACAGGAAUAACCAGGCAGAGAAAAGCAACCAAGUAUCAAUUGCAGGACAGCCCAUUGGUGUGGAGGCAGCCAGAGCCAGAAUCAGGGAACUUCUUCCCUUGGUACUGAUGUUUGAACUGCCUGCGAUUAUCCAGCCCAACCCGGACCCCAACUCCCCAGCAGUCCAGCACAUAUCCCAGACCUAUAACAUUUCAGUGUCCUUCAAGCAGCGUUCCAGAAUGUAUGGUGCUACUGGCAUUGUCAGGGGGUCCCAGAACAACACCACCGCUGUCAAGAGAGGGACUGCUUUGCUGUUGGAUCACCUGGCUGGCAGCUUGGCAAAUGCCAUCUCUGUGAGCACUCAGCUCGAUAUAGCACCGCAACACCAUCUCUUCAUGAUGGGCCGCAAUGGCAGCAAUAUCAAACACAUCAUGCAGAGAACAGGGGCCCAGAUCCACUUCCCCGACCCCAACAACCCACAGAAGAAAUCCACCGUCUACCUCCAGGGCACCAUCGACUCAGUCUGCUUGGCCAGGCAGUAUCUCAUGGGUUGCCUUCCUCUUGUAUUGAUGUUUGAUAUCAAAGAAGACAUUGAAGUGGAACCACCCUGUAUUACCCAGCUGAUGGAGCAGUUAGAUGUCUUCAUCAGCAUCAAACCAAAGCCCAAGCAGCCAAGCAAGUCUGUGAUAGUAAAGAGUGUGGAAAGGAAUGCCUUAAACAUGUAUGAAGCAAGGAAGUGCCUCCUGGGCCUAGAAAGCAGUGGGGUAACAAUACAAACAAGCAACUCCUCCACUGUCAUCUGCCCUGUGGGCCUGGAUAUCCUGGCUUCAGCCGGACUCGGUCUCACCAGCCUAGGCCUUUUGGGCCCCACGUCAUCAUCGUUAAACAGCUCUACUGCUGCCAGCUCGCUCCUGAAUGCUCUCAACAGUUCAGUCAGUCCCCUGCAGAACUCCAGCUCAGGCACACCCAGCCCCACGCUUUGGGCAACCUCGCUUACUAGCCCGACAAGCGCCCCAGGCUUCUCCUCACCCCUCAUGAUGCACCCAGCAACACAGGCCACCUUGACCAGUAUUUUCCUGUCAGGAGUCCAGGGUUACACACAGAACACCCCCUCUCCUCCACCCGGACUGGCCCCAAUCGACAGCCAGGUCAACGGCUUAUCAGAAACCAGCAAGAGUCUGUCAUCUCUCAAUGGACAUGUCAAGCAUUCCAAUUCAGUAUACAGAAGGUUGUCCGGGCCUUGUCUAGCUGAUAAAGUCCUUGGUGGGAAUCACACAGACUCUUCAAAUGAGAGCAGUGGCCACAGUCCCACAGAGCAACUAACUAGCAAAUCCAGCCCUGACGAAGGUUCGAAUGAUGCCUUUGUAGAAGUAGGCAUGCCAAGAAGUCCAUCGCACUCUGCAAACAGUAAUGAGCUGAAACAGAUGCUGGGUUCUUCAAAAUCAUCGACUGGCAAGAGACAAGCAGUGGAGCUUCUACAAGGCACCAAGAAUUCACACCUGCACACAUCGGACCACUUGCUUUCGGAUUCGGAUUCCAGUGCUUCGGAAAGCCCAUUGGCUGAUAAGAAGGCUCCAGGGAGCGAGAGAGCUGCAGAGAGGGCAGCCCAGCAGAAUUCUGAGAGAAUUCGCCUGGCGCCGCCCUCUUUUGCCAACAUGCAGGUACUCACUGCAUUUGACUACGAACAGAAGAAGCUGUUAGCAACAAAAGCAAUGCUGAAGAAACCGGUGGUAACAGAAGUGCGAACGCCCACGAACACCUGGAGUGGGCUGGGAUUCUCCAAGUCAAUGCCGGCAGAAACCAUCAAGGAACUCAGAAGAGCUAACCAUGUGCCCUACAAACCCACCAUGUCAACCACUUAUGAGGGUUCUCCCCUGUCUCUCUCACGCUCAGACAGCCGGGAGGGUUUGGGAAGCGGCAGUGAUUCUGAUAAUUGGAGGGAGAGGAAUGGGAACGGCACCUUGGCUCACUCCGAAUUCCCAUCAGCCAUUGGCAGCCCUAAAAGAAAACAAAACAAAUCAACGGAACACUAUCUAAGCUGCAGUAACUACAUGGACUGCAUCUCCUCAAUGACUGGCAGCAACGGCUGCAACCUGAACGGUUCUUUCAAGGGAUCGGAUCUGCCUGAGCUCUUCAGCAAGCUGGGACUGGGGAAAUACACAGACGUAUUUCAACAGCAAGAGAUUGAUCUCCAGACAUUCCUAACGCUGACAGAUCAAGAUUUGAAGGAGCUUGGCAUUACUACAUUUGGUGCUAGAAGGAAAAUGCUGCUUGCAAUCUCAGAACUGAACAAAAACAGAAUAAAACUUUUCGAGCCUCCAAGCAUCCGCUCCUCGUUCCUGGACGGCGGGGCCAGCGGGCGGUUGCCUCGUCAGUUUCCCUCGGACAUUGCCAGCGUCAGCGGCAGAUGGUAGUAAACUUUGUUUUUCCUAUCAAGUAGGACCGAUCUUGCAAAACUGAUGUCGACUCAAGUGCAGCUUAAUCCUAUGGACAGCUUUCACUGCACAGAUCCAUCCGCACUGGACAUCGUGGACCAAAGCCUACCUACCGUACAAGUGCUGGUGCCAAAAAAAAAAAAAACAAGAACGCACCGGCCAAUCGACAUUUUUGUAAAUGCCAAAUGUGGUACUAUGUUCUUAUAUGUAGAUCAGAGAAGAUUCUGAGUAUUCAAAUUUGUAUGAGAGAAUGCAAUCCAAUGCACUGCUACUUGUGGGAUCCAAGUAUCAGAAUGGCUAGGAAAAUAUCUGCGGAUAUUAUUUAUAAAAAGUGCCUAUUGUUUUUCUAGGUGAAGUUUUAAAGCCCCUCUGCACUUUACAAAUCCUAGAUUCAUGGCCUGUGGAAAUGUGUUUCUCUGAUCUCCAUAUACAAGUGUGUUUUGUUAGUAAUGCUUCAUGUUUCUAGGUUAUGUGACCAAAUGUAAGCAGAUGAAGUUUUUUUUUUUUUCCAUAGCUGAUAAAUUCAGAAGUCCUCAUAAAUUAGUUGCUUGUAACAGCAAUCCUCUGUCCAUGGUAAACCUAAAAGUUGUCGGUACAGCAUAACGCAGCAGCCCACUAAACUGUGUUUUUUUUUUUUUAUUUAUUUUAUCCUAAAUAAUUUUACAUCCUUUUUUUUAUUUAAUGCGUUUUCUUUCUUGAUUCCUUUCCUCCUUUUAGUUUUACAAUUUUUAAAUGUGUUAUUUGUGUAAACAUUCCUUGUUUGUGUUUUACUAUGCAUUCUCUUCCUCUCUUCCUAAUUUUCAUUAUUUUAAAUUUAAUAUUUUUUUAACAUGAGGUAUUAAUUGAAAGUUUUGCCCUUUUUCUCUUAAUCUUUUCAAAUCAAACCUAGUACCAGACUGGCUGUGUUUGUUGCUGGACAGUAGCCUUUGCUGGUUUCAAGUGUAUUCACGUAUAACCCCUCUCUUUCCCCAAGUCCAUUCUGAAAAUAGACAGCCUUGGCCCAUGAAUGUUUAUGGAGCACUGUAAUUAUUCCACAAAUGAGGAUGACUUCAUGAGGGAAAUAAACACAGCACUCCAUGAAUAUUUGCUCUGUUGCGUUAAAUACAAAAAAAAUGAUUCACCAUUAGAACUCUCAACAUACACUUGUUAUAUAAAGGUCUGUAAAGAUUUGAAUUCUCUGUAUUCAAAAGUCUUACAUUUGUUUCUUUUACUUGGGCCUCUAGCUCUGUUUUCCUGCUAUAGGGAGGGAUAAGAAGGGUAGUUCACCGUAAAUGUAGAGUGGUGUUAAACGCAUACUGUGUAGGUCAGUAAUGUUGACAGUACUGCAGCAUGCUGGAUCGAUACAGCCUCUUACCUUACCCUGGGAAUUAUUUUCACCCUCUUGCGGGAAUUUGCUGCCACUGUGCUGUUGGUCUCCCUCUGGUUUACACACUACAGGGGCAAUGCAACAGCAUGGAUGGAGGAGUUUGGAGGAGUCAUUCACACAUCAACAUAUCUAUGUACAAUCUACAUGCUGUAGUUAUCUCUAGUUUAUAGAGCUUUUUUUGUUUUGUUUUCUAUCGGCAACAUUAUUAUAUAAAAACAUGGAGGUUUGCUUGUUGUAAUACAGGAAAGGAAGAUUUAUAUUGUUACCGGUCAAUGUAAGAAGUGUGUUUUAUCUUAUACUGUGAAUUUCAAAGUAUUGAGAUGUUGUUGUGGUGUUUUUUUGGUGUUUUUUUUUGCCACUUGUACACAUGAAAAGUUUGUGAAGGGUUCUUCUGCAAAUGAUGUAUAACCAUCAAGUGCCUCUUUCUUUACUUUAAUCAUUCAAAUCCCUUUCAUUCAAGUCUCUCAGAAUACCCUUUCUACAGGAAGGACUAUGAAGUAUCUGUACUGUAUUAUUAAUAAGGUACAAACAUUUUGAAUCAGAUGUUAACCACUGAAGAUGUGUUCUUGUAACUAGCUUUGUAUGAUCAAGCAAUGUGUAUUUUUUAUAU